AUGCUCUCAGUCUCUAGCACACAUCGCCACGUCACCACUCAGCAUAUUGAUAUUGUCCCAUACUCCCACUCGCUCUCGCAAGAACUGGCUAACUCCCAAGCAAGAGAGGAAGACAAUGAUUCCAGCCGUAAGAAGCUGGUUUUGACUCUGUACGACGCCCUCAACUCAGGCGACUCUGAAACGGUGGUCGGGAUUGUGGCCUCCCAUCUCGAGUGGUGGUUCCACGGUCCUCCUUCCCAUCAGUUUUUGAUGCGCUUGCUCACCGGUCAUCCCUCCUCCAGCCACACCUUCCGCUUCCUUCCGCAGUCUAUCGCAUCCUUCGGCCCCACCGUCGUGGUCGAGGGGUGCGACCCUUCCCGCUCCAUCUCCUGGGUCCACGCCUGGACCGUCGCGGAUGGGAUAAUUACCCAAGUAAGGGAGUACUUCGACACUUCCCUUACCGUCGCCCGCUUCGGCCAUUCCAAUUCCUCCGAUGACUCCCUCUGGGAGAGCACCGUCUCCAACCUCGUCGGCAAAUCCGUGCCGGGACUAGUGCUGGCCCUUUAACACUGUAAUCACGUCCGUCCGGCCAUUAGUGACAACUACUAAUUAAGACAUACGAAUCCGGGACUUUGCUCUCAACUACGAUACAGGGAAACGGGAAAGGCGAUUCUCGGUGCCCUGGUUAUUUAGAAUGUACUUU